UUUCCGGUACUGUGACCGUGUGUUGAUGCAGCUGCCAGCGGAGAUGGAGAGCGCCUUGCGGUCGCAGUAGGGACAUCAGACUUCACACUGCGCGUACACACACCAACAGACUCGGUGAGAAGCGUAAAGGAAAAACUCGAAAGCUCUUUGUUUCCGUAUCGAUCCCCACAGCCUCCAGCAGGCUCAUGGAGAGCGGAGCCCUGCUUGUCCGCACCGGGGGCACGUUGAUCGGAUGCCUUUCACCACAGCAGCGCCGUUAGAUGCUCUCCAUUCAGGAUUAAUUGGUUGACCAAUGGCUCCCAAACAUGCGCUCCUCUCUAGAAGCAGUGGCCCCGGAGUUGGAGGGGUAAAUAAUAAAGGAGACCCCUGCUCUUCCUCUCCGGCGGUAUGGAUGCUGAACGCGGGGAUGGUGGCCGCCUGUUCGCCGAGGAACAGGAGGAGGACGCGGGCGCUGGAUGGGAUGCUGGCCCGGUGGAUUGUGACCAUCGGCGCGGUGCUGAUGCUGAUGAUGCAGAGCUCCUUGGCCGCUGACGCUAAGGGAGGUCACCAUGAGUCAAUGAGACGGGCUGUGCCCUCCAACCUCUCAGCUACCCCUGGGACUGGCAAUGGAGCUAGGUCUGAAGACAAAGAUGCGAUGGAUGGGACUGAGGGCGAUCCUGGAGCCGGACCCGGAGCAUUGCCUGAGGGUAAGGUGUUUGCUGGGGCCAGAACAGCAGUUUGGACUGAAGCAGAAGCAAGAGCCCGUGUGGCAGGUGCCAAAGUCUUUGCAGAGACUGGGAUUAUGACGGGGAGAAGCACCUGGGCUGAAGUCGGGGCUGAAUGGAGACCCAGGGAUGCAGAGGGGGGUGACCUGCCAAGCAUGCCCAGGGACCCGGCUGCCUGGCUGGGGAAGCGGAGGCUGCAGACACGUGGAGAGGGCCAAAGAGAGCAGGCGGCCUUCUCAUCAGUCUCCACCGUGCUGGCAGAGACGGUGGAGCUGCAGGCACCAGUGUUAGGAAAACCUUUAGGACUGCUGUCUAAAGCUGCUUGGGCCACAGGCUCCUCUUCAUCAUCAUCCAAGGCCUCCUCCUCCUCCUCCUCCUCCUCCUCCUCUUCCUCCUCCUCUUCUGCAACAAAAGCCUCUUCUUUGCCUUCCUCCUCCUCUUCCUCCUCCUCACCAGCCAGUAACAGAGACACUCAGACAGCAGGAUCAGACAACGUCUCUCUGGUUGUCGUCAACAGCAACUCCUCCAACAGCAACAGCAGCUCCAGUUUGGAGGAGUCGGUGAGCAGCCUGCCAGCCUGGGAUCUCCCCACUGUCCCGGAGUCUCUCCUGUCCACAGUGGGCGACCAUGACGUCACUCUUCCUGCCAACGUCACCAGCCCUUUCUCCACCCACCAAUGGAACACCACUGCACCUGCACGCACCAGAAACACCUCACGACAGACGACCAUGUCAACCACCACCGUGACCACAUCUCUGUCACCCACCACCACCUCAACCAUACCGUUAUCCACCACGGCAAGAGCACAAACACCAUCAGGAUCCCCCACGGUCUCUCCCACCACUAGCCAGGACACUGUGACCAAGGACAGCCUUCAGCUGACGACAGUAACCAUGACGACGCCCUCAACUACCACUCCUACUGUGACCGCUGCUGAGAUGACGCAGACGGUGACCACUGGGAGCGGCGUAACAGUAGCACCAAAUACCAGUGCUGCGACAACCAUGCAGGAAACGACAAGCCUCAAACUGACCACAGCGGCUACAACUCAGCCUACAACCACCACUACAACCACACCUGCCCCUACUACCACCACUACUACUGUCCCCCCAACCACGACCACUACUACUACUCCUCCUCCAACCACUACUACAACUACUACACCUGCUACUACUACUACCACCACUACUACUACCACUACAACCACAACAACAAAGGUACCUGCCACCACUGUGUUCAUCCCAGUCCAAACCACACCGCCUCCCACCACAACUACAGAACCUCCAUCGAGUACCAGCGCAGAGGAGAGUCCUCUACCUUGCAACGUGACUGAGAAGUACUGGGUCAGAACAGUUCUGUCCAUUGAGCUACGUAGGAACCGCCUAGACCUGAUCCUGAAACAGAACCUCUCUAAAGGACUGAGCCACGCCCUGCAGAGAGCUCUGAAUGACUCCACAGCCAACGCACAGGUGGAGCGUGAUGACUGCAGCCCCCACAACGUGACACUGGGUUACUACGUGACCAGCGGCAAAACUGUCUACAUUUCCUCCUUGGUGGUUGAGGCGCUGAAUGUGUAUGGUUUUGACAAGCUGCUGUCGGACAUCAGGCAGCACACCCCGUUGGUUAAGGCAGUUUUGGUUCCCGUGGCAACCUGGGUGCCCACUCCGAGCAUUCACCUGCAGCUAAAAACAGUGUUGAGGUUCGUCGGCCCAACAGAUAACAUCUACUCCUGCAGUUUUGUCCAGAUGUUGGAGCAAAGACUGGAAAACGCCUAUGACGAGGCUCAGGACAAAGUGCUGGAGACCUAUAACAGGCUUGCCGUGGAGAUUCAGAGUGUGUCCCAGGAGCCAGGCUCUCCAUCAGUCUCUUUGGUGUAUGUGGUGAAAAACCAGGAUGCGAUUCUUAACGGGACCAUCUCCAGCGGCCUCCUCAACCAGCUGACCGCAGAGCUGGUGGGAUACUUCCUGUUCUACCCACCGAUGGUCAUCGCUGAGCCCCUUGAAUACCAUAAUCUGAACACAUCGAUGGCAACCAAGAACUAUUGGGUGAUAACAGUGAUCCAGGAUGUGGACAGCUCCUCCCUGGAGGGUAACUACCAGAGCUUUGCCAGCCUGAUGGAGCAGCGGCUGGCUGAGCUCUUCCUGGUGGCCGGCAGGCAGGGCUCUCGGACUGUGCGAUCUCGGCGGGCCACCACCGUGGGGAGCUACACUGUGCAGAUGGUGAGCAUGCGUCGACUGCCUGGUCCCAAGAACCCAGCAGAGAUGACAUACUAUGUCCAGCAGAACGGAGCACCGAUCACUGGAACCAACGCUGCCAAGACCCUCAGCAGUCUGGACUCCCAGACCAUGGCUCUGACACUGGGAUACUUUGUACAAGUGCAAGCUGAACCUGUGGUUAAGACGCCGCCUGGCAACCUGUGGAUCAUGGCCGUUCUGACACCUCUCUUCCUGCUGGUGGUGGUGAUCGGCAUGGUGGCCUUCAUUCUUUGUAAGAGGAACAGGGUCAUCUUCAAAACUGGCGCCUUCAGGACCUUCAAAACCCGCUCCAAGACCUCAUAUCGAAGGGAGGGCAGUUACCACCACCAGCCUGUCCAGGGCUUUGACUACGCCAAGAAGCACAUGGGUCGAACAGGUGAUGAGGCCAUCUCCGUUACCAAGGAGACACUGGUGCUGGGGCUGCCUGUACGAGAUGCUCCACUGUCACUGUCAUUGGAUAAGAAGGUCCACCAGGACGGGACCGCCAGCAAGAGACCUCCAUCUGCUGACAUACACAAAGGAGGGCGGUUGCCAAGCGAGGAGGACGGCUCGAUGUCGAGUAACGGCUCCGGGAAGCUGAACACUAGCAAGAGCUCCUCGGCCCGAAGGACGGCGACUGGCAGCAGCAGCAAGAAUGGCAAAGAGGAGCUGCACAAGAGGAACACCAAUGACCCGUAUGAAGACCAUUCAGGCUCUCUGCGUCUCAUCACCAUCAAACCCAUGACGGCCCAGCCAACCUAUUCCUACCCCUCCUCCUCAUCGCACAGCCAAGACUCAGUGGUCGUCAACGGGGAUGCUAACCACGGUGGGUUGAAGCAGAAGUCAGACAUCGAGCACUACAGGAACAAACUGCGUCAGAAGGCCCGGAGGAAGGGGUACGGGGAGUUCUCUCUGUCUGAGAGUGGCAGCCAUGGUUACAGUCACCGUGACACCAGGCACAGCCGGCACGACAACGGGGUCAAGGAGCCGAUGACCGCUGAGGAGAAGAGGGCUUCCUUCGCAGGAUGUCACAAGAGGUACUCCCACCCACGGGAGCCCACCUAUUGGAGCCGGCAGUCUCUGAGCAGCCCGAGCCCAGUAGAGACGGAGAUGGACCUGCUGGUGCUGAGAGAAAGAUCCAGGAGGGGCAUCCGAAACAACGGCUACGAUGGCGAACCGGAACCGUUUGAGGAGACUAAUGUGGACCGUCUCAUGAGCUCUCUGGGUUACGGAGGUGGAUCUACUGGCACCGGGAACGGCAGCUUGGGGGUGAAAGCUCACCGAGGCUCCGACUCCUCCACACUCAGCUCUCAGCCAUCCAUUGACGAGGUCCGCACGCAGAUGCAUAUGUUGCUAGGCAACGCCUUCAGCCUGGCACCUCCGGACCAUGACCCCCCUUCUCCGCCAACCAACAGCCACCACCAUCACCACCACCAUGCCCACAGAGCCUACAACCCCUCCCACACCAGUCACUACAGUGACGGGGUGACCAGCGCCCCUGGGACCAUGAACCAUCCCUGUGGAGGGAGGCAGAGGAGCACAGGCUACGAGGACAUGCACCAGUGCAGCCUGCCCAAACCAGGUUUCCGGUUCACCCAGCUUCCUGAUAUGGGCAUCGGGUCUCCCCCGCCACUGAUCCCCUCAAGACCAGGACCGCCACCUGGGACCUCACUACGACGUUCCACCCCUGAUGUUAGUCUGAAGCCUCGUGUGUCGGAGGCCUCAGACCCGCAGGCCCAGCAGCACAACGGCGCCCCAUACCUGCCGCUGUCCAGGACCCCCUUCCCUGCUGUCACUGUCGACCAGUCCAUCACCACCUACUCAGGAAACCCAAUAACAGCAGUCUACGCUAUAUCAGCCAACCGCCCCGGCUACUCAGACUACUUUGUCAUGUCACCGCCGUCCUCGUACCGUAGCCCGUCCUGGAUGUCCUACCCACCUGAGCCAGAAGACCUUCCACGGCAGUGGAACGACACACCAAACUCACGUCAUCUUGAAACCAUCUGCUGAAGUGGUCUGCCUGUGACACUGAGUGGAAACAGCCAGUAGCUUGGUGUCUCUUUGGAUGGGCAGAGGACUUCUCUCUAACUGAAAACUCUCUGGAGCUUCACCUGCACUCCGGCCCGGCCUUCCUCCUGUCUGUUCGUUCAUCCCCAGUGGACCCCACUCUGCCCCCCACCUUAUGCCCAGCUCCCCCCCUCUCCACCGGCCUGGCCUCCGUCUAUCCUCUCCCUCAGUCCGCCUCAUCUGCAGCUCAAAGCAUUUCUUAUCCUCCAGAACUCCUCUGCACCAAAAGGCCCUUCACCUGGUCAGAGCUCUGCUUCAAUCUCUUUACAAUUCUCUCUCUUUCUGUAUUCUCUCUGCUCCCUGAGCCCCUGGCCUCACUGGCCCACACUCGUCACUAUCUCUAUGUAGACUGCCUCUUCUGUGGUGAUCACCACUGUACAGCUAGGGGCCCCUCACACUGCUGAACUGAACUGAGCUGAGCUGAGCUGCGUGAAGCUGUACUGUGCCUCCCUGCGUAGUAACAACAGGGUGAGUACAGUACAGUGUGACAAGGGCGACCCUCCAACUAGUUCUCUGCCCCAGCAAUCAUCGUACAGUAACUGCCAUCUGCCCAGCACACGAUGGCACACAGCACUGCAUCGUCAGUACGGUAGUGCCCCAGCCAUGGCCAGUAGUCUACUCCUCCUCUGAACUGGACUGGACUGGACUGGACCAUCCUGGACUUGCCUCUUAAGUCCACCAUGAAGCCAGGAAAGCUGGACUGACUUAAAACUGUGCUUUUUUUGAUGAAUCCAAAUUCCUAUGUAAACCUUCUACAGCUGGUUAAUAUGUGUAUUUUAAACUUAAGUGAGAAAAAAAAUCUAAGGAAAAAAGAAAAAAAAAAUCUCUUGUCUUGAGCUGUCUGAAUUUGAGUUUUUGGAUAUUUGUGUGCUUUUGUCUUUUACUUUUGUGCAUUGAUUAUUAUCAAUGGAUUACUGUAGAAAAAAGACGUAGUGAGUGUUUACCUUUCACUCACCUUAUUUCAAGGCAAAAAAAUAUAUAUUACAUUCUUCAAAACAGAGAAAACGGCGGCUUAGUUGUCUGUGGUUAUGAUGGCAUUUCUGUAUUUUUAAAAAGAUUUACUUCAUUUACUUUUUCCUUCAUCAGAUUCAAAAAUGAAAACAAGAAUUAGUCACAAUGUUCUGUCCAUCAUCUGAUUAUGAAGUUUCUGUCUGCUAACCAUUCGGUAGACCUGGGUCAAACUGAUUGAAAUCCCACUCACGCAGUUCUGUUUUGUAGCUUUGCAGCCGCUGCAGGGUUUGUUUGACUCUUAAGAUAAAAACAUUUACCAUAUGAUGACUUGGAUUUGAACCGAUUUCAAUUCUGGUUUGACUCGGGUCUGUUGCAAUUAUGUGAACACACCAGUAUUCUUAGAAAAACAGUUCUUUUACUUGAAAGGUGUCUACUGUAUUCUACUGUAUAAGGAACUUUGACUUUUGGUCUGAUGAAGAGGGAUGAAUAUUGGGACUAUGGUGUAGUACUGUUCAAGAGACUUGGCAGGCUCAGAUGAGCCGUAUAUGUAACGAUUAAAUGUAUUACUGUACAUAGCAGAUGAUUUAAUGAAGAGAUUUAUGCAAGUACUGUGGGAGGGAUUCUUUGCUCGACAUUGUUCUGACAUCAGUUUUCCUCAUUUUAGUUUCACUGCUUUUAUAAUGAAGGACGGUCAGACUGUUUCUGAAACUCCUUGACAUUUUGAAGGAUGCUCACAUUUCAGUAUCAUCUGGAUCAUCUUUUUUCAUAGUAACACAGAAGAGAAAAUAUUACAGAUAACAUUUUACAAAAGAAACAGAGGGAGUGUUUAAAGUGACAUGCAGUGACGAGGCAGAUCUUACCCUGCAUUUACAGUAUUCUUUAUGUUUGAACAAAGCUAAUAUAGCCAUAAUAGUCGAAAUAAUGCAAUUUUUUAGUACAAAGAAUGUCACAGUCUAAAUUAUAUUUACCCUCAUUUUUUCUGAGGAGAACUGAAAAUCUGUGAGCACACUGUAUGUAAGGCUCCUCAUCAUUUAGAUGGUACUAAAGGAGAUUAUAGCCAUAUAUUAACUUCACCAAGUGGACAUAAACCAGCUAAGAUAUACAGUGUUAUGUUAAAAGUGGCAAAUGAUACCAAAUGGGAGUAUAUAAGAUAGAAACGAUGAGGCAGGGAAUGGAGAGAUAGUAUAGAUAGAAAUGUAAAGAUAGUUUAACAUGAAAUGAGCACUUUUAUAAAGAAGCCCGAACUUUGGCAGAAAAGAGCAGAAUCAAUGCAAAGAUGCUGUUGUAUAGCAUAAAAUAUUGAGAUUAUAUAAAUCUGCAAAACAUUUUAGAAAUCCUUUCAACAAAUCCUGAAACUGUAAAUGUAUAAUCAAAGUAAAACAUUUCCUUUUUCAGCUAAAUUGUGAUACAUUUUUUGGACCCCUAAACAAGGCUGUAGCUACAAUUGACCACAUACUACGAAUUGGAGGGUUUUGAAUAACCUAAGAGUUUACAUUAAACAAUAUGACACAGAUUACACAUGAAGUUUUAAAGCAAGAUUCUGAUAUUUUAAAGUCAAAAUCUAUUUAAAUGUAUUUUACAGUUAAAUUGAUAAAGAAAAUGUGGACCGUUUGGCUAGUUGAUACUUUGUUAGGGGGGUGGGGUUGCAUUGGGGGACUUUGUACUUUUGACCACAGUAUUUCUAAAAUCCUUACUACGGCCCUGCCUCUACAUUUAUGACUUAAAUUCCAAAGAAAAUAUGUCUACAUACAUUUAAAUUACAAACACAUUAAACAUUGACAAGAAGCCUGUAUGUGGAACGUAGCACAGAUGAGAAGUUGUCUUUUUCAGUUCAGACAUUUUCUAAAGUUCCUCCCCCUUCUAAAUCUAGGCCUGUGCAUGAUUAAUAUUAGAUGUGGAUGUUUAGGGAAAAGAAAGCAAAGGUAUGAGAUGACAGUACUGGAGCAUUACGAGCGCACACGGUGCUAUUGCUGUUUUGAAUCAUCAUUAUCAUCAUCCUCACUAAAGAUCUGCAGCAACCAUCAUAUUUUAAAUCAUACCCAGUGUACAAACCCAUGUACGGUUAAAGAGAAACACUCAUGUUUAUCAUUUUAUUUGACUCCAUGUGGAAGAGAGGGGUGGGUGGGAUUUGGUUUUUAAGCAGUAAUUUUACGAAGGAGACUUGAUGCUAUGCUAUAAGUUGAUGUGCAAUGUUUGUGCUUUACACGGGUAGCGGCGAGAUGCUUUUAUUGACGAUGGACUCUGGGAUGGACUGACUGUCAGUAGUUUUUUUCUGCCGUUUGAGCCAUGUCAUGAUGCUGUGACGUCAUGGUGGCACUGAUGAUGUCACACUAUCGUCACUCGGGUGUUUAUGAGGUCACAGUGACGACAACAAUGAAUGCUGUUGGAUGUAGUUAUGCAGAAAACUUUUUGGUGAAUUUAAACAAUAAAGACAAAUUACAAUUCU